GCGAGAAAAAGAAGGUCUCAAAUCUGUUCUCAAAGAAGAAAAAGUCUGUCUCAAGUCUGUUCGCAAAGAGGAAGAAGAAAGGGCUGAGAGGAGCUGUGGCACACCAGAGAAAAGUGUGUUUAGAAAAUGGCUAAACACACCAGAGAAAAGCACUACAUGUGUGGAAUAUGUGAACACAGGACAGCUUACAACCAUGCCCUUUCUCUACAUAUGAGGAUACAUACAGGAGAAAAACCCUACAAGUGUGACCACUGUGGCUUUUCUUCUGCACAAAAGGGCCAUUUACGUGAACACAUCAUGACUAAACACUCUGGAGAAAAACCCUACAAGUGUGGAGAAUGCGAUUUCAAGACUGCCGACAGGUCCCAUCUGUCAAAGCAUAUCAAGAACCAUAAAGGUGAGAAACCCUACAAAUGUGACCAGUGCGCGUAUUCUACUGUAUAUAAAAGUCGCUUAGACGAACACAUGGCUAAACACACUGGAGAAAAACCCUACAAGUGUGGAGAGUGUGGAUACAGGACGGCUUACCGGCGUAGCCUUUCUCUACAUUUGAGGAUACAUACAGGAGAAAAACCAUACAAAUGUGACCUGUGCACGUAUUCUACUGCAAGGAAAGGUCAUUUAGAGCAACACAUUAAGGCUAAACACACUGGAGAAAAACCCUUUAUGUGUGGAGAGUGUGGAUACAGGACGGUUUACCGGAGUUACCUUUCUCUACAUUUGAGGAUACAUACAGGAGAAAAACCAUACAAAUGUGACCAGUGCGCGUAUUCUACUGCAAGGAAAGGUCAUUUAGAGCGACACAUUAUGGCUAAACACACUGGAGAAAAACCCUACAAAUGUGACCAGUGUGCGUAUUCUACUGCAACGAAAGGUCAUUUAGAGCAACACAUUCUGGGUAAACACACUGGAGAAAAACCCUUUAUGUGUGGAGAGUGUGGAUACAGGACGGCUUACCGGAGUAACCUUUCUCUACAUUUGAGGAUACAUACAGGAGAAAAACCCUACAAAUGUGACCUGUGCACAUAUUCCACUGCAAGGAAAGGUACUUUAGAGCAACACAUUAUGGCUAAACACACUGGAGAAAAACCCUACAAAUGACAUGUGACCAGUGUGCGUAUUCUACUGUAAUAAAAGGUACUUUAGAGCGACACAUUAUGGCUAAACACACUGGAUGAUGUUAGCCCUGUUGGAAAGAGGACAUUUUCUUAGCAAAAUUUUACAGACAGAAGUUACAACAAUUCAGAG